AGUGCCGGGGAUCGGCGGUGGGUUGAUCCGGUGCACGGGCCAAGCACGGAUCGAAACUCUCUUGCAAUUGGCAUGUAGCGGCUGUGAGUGUUUGUGGAAUUUUUGAUCUGGCUACGGAGCCAGGAAGACAAUUUCAUCUAGAAAGUAUGGCUUCACGAAUAUCACGGGCUGCGUCGCCCUGUCUGCGUCAAUUGCGCAGAGAAUCACACCUCUCACACGGGCCAUGGACAACGACUCUUCGCAGUAUUUCGACGUCGCCAAACUAUUCGGCUGCGGUUACCGAGGUUCGAAAGCCAAUCGACCACGCUCCCAUUUCCAAACCUCCCAGCGCCCGACCUGUUGAGACGAGAAAGAGCCAGUUGAUCCGGACCUACACAUCACUCCUCCGAACGACUCCCUUGAUCUUAUUCUUUCAACAUAGCAAUUUGACGGCCGUAGAGUGGGCUGCAGUGCGGCGAGAGCUGAAGAAGGCUCUUUCCACAGUUCCCAAGCCCAAUGCGAUUCCUGGUGCUGAACCUGUCGAUAUCACCCCAUUAGUCCAAUUACAGGUGGUGCGAACCAACAUGCUGCGCGUGGCACUCAAGCUUGUUGAGUUCUACGACCCUGAAGCUGCUGCUGCGUCGGAGAAGACAACGAGGACGGUGCGGGGCCCUGUUGUGCAUGAUCUUUCCGAAGCUGCCUAUGAAACCAUCAGGAAUGCCGAAGUACCCGAGGACUCCAGCUACGCCCAGAUCGAGCCAGUAAUGGUUGGCCCUUUGGCUGCAUUGGUUCUCCCUGCCGUCUCUCCGGCCCAUCUCGCUGCAGCAUUGAGUGUUCUGGCACCUGUUCCGGGUAAAUUCCCGGCUCCUUCGAGGAAGAAGAACCCUGGUUUUCACGAUCCCAUCUGCCAAAGUGGUCUUGCCAAGUUACUACUUGUCGGUGGCCGCGUUGAAGGCAAGAUCUUUGAUCAAUCUGGUAUCAACUGGGUUGGCGGUAUUGAGGGCGGCCUGGAAGGCUUGAGAGGCCAGUUGGUGGCCAUGCUCCAAGGCGUCGGAUUGGGCAUCACCAGUACCCUGGAGGGCGGAAGCCGAAGCUUGUGGUUGGCUCUGGAGGGCAGAAAGGGCCAGCUAGAAGACGAGACCAAGGGCGACAAAAAGGAUAGCGAAUGAACAUAGAGCUCGGGAGGUUUUGAGAUACGAUGUACAAAUGAGACGCCUUAUAAAGGCCAUGUAUGUGUAGAUGUACGAACAGCAUAUUGGAUCGUUGCAAUGUCAAAGCUGGCUAGAUCGAGAGUUCUUCCGGCAAAACCAUAUUCUAUGGCACGUUGUCCAUUGGUUACAGAAGCAAACGUUGGUAAAUACUCUGCUGCUUUGGACAAAAGGCAGAAUCGUUCCAGCUGAUACUCUACCCUUGUCGGGGCCUUGUUAACAAUAACUGUGGCUUUAUCCGUAAUGUGUGGCUGAA